AUGCACUUUGUAGUGACAGGUUUUUGCUGUGCGGCUGCCCCGGUCGAGAAGCCGCACGACGACAAGGUCACAGAGGUGGCGGUAUUGCGUGAAGAACUCGAAUCAGAAAGCACCCGGACAGAGCCGGUUUUGAGUGGUGACGAAGUCGAAUCGCGAAGCUCUCCGACAGAAGUGGCUUUGAGCGCAGACCCUGUCCUACCGGUGGCGUAUUUGACGUUCACCCGGCCGAAUGGAGAACCUGAGGUUCUGGAAUUCACGUCGAGACCGUUAGGUUUCCGGAUCUCCCACACCCAUCCCUACACGGUCACGAACAUUGGUGCAGGCCACAGAUCAGCAGUCCAGCCAGGAUGGGUGCUAACACAUGUCGAUGGUGAGCAAUUGUCGGUUGCUUGCUAG